AUGUCUGAAGAGAUACCACAAAUCUUAUCCUCAAUUAAAGCAGUAAUAGGAGAUGUUGGAAUUGAAAAGUAUCAAGACUCCGUUCCAGACAUGGGGUUAGAAUUUUUAACGCGGUACUUAACUGAUUUAAUUGGCGAUGUUGUGGUAUUCAGCGAACACGCAGGCAACCAGCAACCGACACUCAAUGACGUUAAAAUGGCGAUAAAAAUGCGACACCGAACAACAACAUCGACUUCUAAAGAUCAAUUGAGAGAACGUGUCAAUGCCUGUAACACGUCGAAAUUACCUCGAAAUUUCACGGCUUCUAUCGAACUUCCAAAACCACAAGAAGACACCUUCACUCUUCUUCAAAGAAAUUAUCGUGUUAAAACAAACGAAGACUUCGACGACGAUGAUGAUGACACUAAACAACCACAAGCUUCUGAACUCCCAUCGCUUCCCCUUCCUUAUUAA